AUGCACUCUCCCAAGAAAAAAAAACUCUCUAGCAAUACACACCAAAUUGAGCAUGUGCAGAAUGGCUAUGGUUCAGUCUGUCUUAUCAGGAGGUAAGAUGUGGACAUUUGAACAAGAGGAGGAGCAGAGAAGACAGGAUCAAACAUCAUUUUUACACAAUGCAGAGGAUAACCCCUUAGAUUCCACAGUGAGUAUAACAAGCAUGCAUUACUGCCAGGGGCGGACUGACCAUUUGGAAACUCGGGCACUGCCCGAGGGCCCGGGGUCAGUAGGGGCCCCAUGAGAUGCCCCUGGUACCUU